AUGGGGGUAAGGAAAAGGGGAUGUGGCAGAUGUGCGCCUGCUUCACCUGCCGCACCGUUGAGACUGAACCCCUUCACACCCACAGGGUGUGCCCUCCCGUCCCCUCUGCUCUCGACGCCCCUCCUCUCGUCCCCUCCCGUUCCGACCCCUCCUUUCUCGUCGCGUCCCCUCGCUCUUCUCGUCGCGUCCCCUCGCUCUUCUCGUCGCGUCCCCUCGCUCUUCUCGUCGCGUCCCCUCGCUCUUCUCGUCGCGUCCCCUCGCUCUUCUCGUCGCGUCCCCUCGCUCUUCUCGUCGCGUCCCCUCGCUCUUCUCGUCGCGUCCCCUCGCUCUUCUCGUCGCGUCCCCUCGCUCUUCUCGUCGCGUCCCCUCGCUCUUCUCGUCGCGUCCCCUCGCUCUUCUCGUCGCGUCCCCUCGCUCUUCUCGUCGCGUCCCCUCGCUCUUCUCGUCGCGUCCCCUCGCUCUUCUCGUCGCGUCCCCUCGCUCUUCUCGUCGCGUCCCCUCGCUCUUCUCGUCGCGUCCCCUCGCUCUUCUCGUCGCGUCCCCUCGCUCUUCUCGUCGCGUCCCCUCGCUCUUCUCGUCGCGUCCCCUCGCUCUUCUCGUCGCGUCCCUUCGCUCUUCUCGUCGCGUCCCCUCGCUCUUCUCGUCGCGUCCCCUCGCUCUUCUCGUCGCGUCCCCUCGCUCUUCUCGUCGCGUCCCCUCCUCUCUCGUCGCGUGGCCUUCUCUCUCGUCGCGGCCUCUCCCGUCCCGUCUGGUCUCGGCGCGACUCUUCCCGUCCGCGACGGCGACGGCGACGGCGGCGGCGAUGGCGCUCGCCUUGCUGCCUUCCUUUCCGCUCCAGCCGAUGCCGCUACGCUACCGCAAACGCCGACGCCUCUCUCUCUCCGCUUUCGCCGAUGUCGCUCCGCUACCGAUCUGACUUCCCUCCCUGCCUCCCUUUCUCGAUUAGCUCUCACCCUCACCAGCCUGACAGUGGAAUCCUGCAGUGAGCUGAAAGCCUUGCCAGAGGAGAUUGGGCACCUGAAAAUGCUGGAGAAGCUCAACCUUAAUGAUUUGGACGAUUUGGAAUCAGUUCCUCAAUCGCUGAUGAAGCUGCCUCGACUGCGGGAGCUGGAUGUGAGCCACUGCAAGUCCUUGGGCGGAAGGAGAGUUAUGGACACCUUGGUUGGGGGGAGAAUCAAUUGCAGCAGCAGCAGCAGCAGCAGCAAUGUGGAGAGCGUUGAAGCGGAAGUGCUCCCAUCGCUGCAGAGCCUUACCAUUUCGGGUGUUGCUUCUGAAGUACUUGAUCCAGCCCUGGUGCGCAUCUCUUCAUUGGAAGAGCUGAGGCUGGAGAGUAUGCCUGCACUGCGUGCACUUCCUACCUCCAUCUCUCAGUUGUCAAACUUAAUAAAUCUGUUUGUCGUUGAUGCUGAGUGGCUGGAAGCACUGCCGGAAGCAGUGUGUGGACUUUUCAAGCUUACGAGGCUCUUGCUGGAUUCACUACCCAAUUUGCUUCAGCUACCCAUGUCGAUUGGACGGUUGAAGAAGCUCCAGCAGUUGGACAUAUGUAACUGCCCAAAGUUAUCCGACCUUCCAAAAUCCUUCUCCAGUCUUCCCAGUCUACAACAUUGCGAGCUGGACAACUGCCUACAGGCAUCAUUCCUUCCACGCGAUUUUGGAAAGCUUCUCUCUCUCCGGUUUCUUCGUCUAUGUGAUCUUCCAAAUCUGUGCAGCCUCCCUGACUCUUUCCAAGACCUGUCUCGUCUACAGUGGUUGGAAGUGCAGCAUUGUGAGCAGCUGGCUCAACUGCCACCCUUCAUCCAGAAUAUGCCAAUGCUGCAGGAGUGCACUAUAGAGGACUGCCCUCUGAUCUCAAACGGAGAAUCUGCAACCAUUUAUGGAAGGGGGUAUGGCAUGGAUUGA